UUCAGGGCAAAAUUUUGAUACUCUCUUCAUCCAACCAUACCUAGGACCCCACAGCUGAACUUGUUAAUGAAAUUCCCUCCCACAGUUAAAAAUAAAAAACCAAAAAAUACUGAAUAUGAAUGUGGAAGAAAGACAAUUUGAUGUUUGUAAUUAUCGAGGUAAACUCCACGACCUGCUGAAUGUAUGCAAAAUGGACACUGGAUGGUGCAUAUAAAAGUGGCAUGAGCAGAGAAUAAGAGCAAGUAUUGAGACUUCGUUCUGAUAGAGCAAGUCAUCAUACAGGAUCUCCACCAUGAGCAAUAAAGGGGCUUCACUGCAAGGUUUGUUGCUGGCGGUCCUUCUGGUGUCCAACAUGCUCCUGACUAAGGAAGGAGUGACCUCCUUGCCAAUCUGCCCCAGCGGAUCUGUCAACUGCCAAGUUUCCCUUGGGGAACUUUUUGACCGAGCAGUUAAACUUUCACACUACAUCCACUUCCUCUCUUCAGAAAUAUUCAAUGAAUUUGAUGAACGCUACGCUCAGGGCCGGGGUUUUAUUACAAAAGCUGUUAAUGGCUGCCACACUUCCUCCUUAACCACUCCUGAAGAUAAGGAGCAAGCUCAGCAGAUUCAUCAUGAAGACUUACUGAAUUUAAUACUGGGAGUGCUGCGCUCCUGGAAUGAUCCUCUCGUUCAUCUGGCCUCUGAAGUACAAAGAAUCAAGGAAGCUCCAGACACUAUCCUCUGGAAGGCUGUAGAGAUUGAGGAACAAAAUAAGCGGCUUCUAGAAGGAAUGGAGAAAAUAGUCGGGCGGGUUCACUCUGGUGAGACCGGAAACGAAAUCUACUCCCAGUGGGAAGGCCUUCCAUCCCUGCAACUUGCUGACGAGGACUCCAGACUCUUUGCCUUUUACAACCUGCUGCAUUGCCUCCGCCGAGAUUCCCACAAAAUUGACAACUAUCUCAAGCUUCUCAAGUGCCGCCUGAUCCACGAUAGCAAUUGUUAAAUACUCACGGGCCCAAUCGCUUCCCGAAACCCUUCAUCAUGGUGUUCUUGUUGCUUUGCCACUUUUCAUUGCAAACUUUAUGAUAAGUUGUGCUGUACAGCAUCAGGAUCAUCAGUAACUUUCAGGCAUGUUUGUGUGAAGUCUGGCUGCAACUAUUAGCACCAUUUAUCUUGGCGUUUUUAAAUGCUAUAAAUUACUUGUAUGACAAGAAUACACUUUUCUGUCUUAAUCUCCUCACCUAGUAGCAUUUCAGUGAUAACCAGAUCAUGCAGAUACAAAUAAAAAUGUUAUUAAAUCCAAAA